UGCUGCUGUGAAGAUGGAGUUUGUAAAAGAGGAGAGAGAAGAAAACACGAGUGAACCAGAAACCAGCACGAUAAAACACGAGGAAACAGAAAUAAAACACGAGGAACCAGAAACCUGCAGAAUAAAACACGAGGAAACCGAAAUAAAACACGAGGAACCAGAAACCUGGACAAUAAAACAGGAGGAAACAGAAAUAAAACACGAGGAACCAGAAACCUGGGCAAUAAAACACGAGGAACCAGAAACCUGGGCAAUAAAACACGAGGAACCAGAAACCUGCAGAAUAAAACACGAAGAAAUAGAAACCUGCAUAAUAAAACACGAGGAAACAGAAAUAAAACAUGAGGAACCAGAUAUAAAACACGAGGAAACAGAAACCUGGAGAAUAAAACAGGAGGAACCAGAAAUAAAACACGAGGAACAAGGAGAGUUCAUUGAAGAAAAAGAAGAAAAUGAAGAAUCAAGUGGUGGAAAGAGUUUCACAUGUAAAUCAAAUCUUAAGCAUCACAAGAGAGUUCAUACUGGAGAGAAACCAUUCACUUGCAAUCAGUGCGGGAAGAUUUUCACACAAUCAUCACACUUUAAGGAUCACAUGAACAUCCACACUGGAGAGAAACCUUACAAGUGUUCACACUGUGACAAGGGAUUCAGUCAUACAGUCAAUCUGAAAACACAUGAGAGGAUCCACACUGGAGAGAAACCUUACAAGUGUUCACACUGUGACAAGAAAUGCAUUGAUUCAUCAACUCUGAAAACACAUGAGAGGAUUCACACUGGAGAGAAACCUUACAAGUGUUCACACUGUGACAAGAGAUUCAAUCAAUCAUCAAGUCUGAAAAAACAUGAGAGGAUCCACACUGGAGAGAAACCUUACAUGUGUUCACACUGUGACAGGAGAUUCAGUCAGUUACCAGGUCUGAAAAAUCAUGAGAGGAUCCACACUGGAGAGAAACCUUAUAAGUGUUCACACUGUGACAUGAGAUUCGGUGUGUCAUCCAAUCUGAAAACACAUGAGAGGAUCCACACUGCAGAGAAACCUUAUAAGUGUUCACACUGUGACAAAAGAUUCAAUCAGUCAGUAGGUCUGAAAACACAUGAGAGGAUCCACACUGGAGAGAAACCUUACAAGUGUUCACACUGUGACAAGAGAUUCCAUUAUUCAUCAUAUCUGAAAACACAUGAGAGGAAUCACACUGGAGAGAAACCUUACAAGUGUUUAAUCUGUGACAGGAAAUUCAGGGAUUCAUCAAAUCUGAAAAGACAUGAGAGGAUUCACACUGGAGAGAAAGCACAUCACCGCAAUGUACGUGGGAAGCGUACCAUUAAGUCAUCUGUUAUACACAGUCAAACAAAAACCAACCACAGUAAGGCCCCGUACACUCGGAGACGCAUUUAGCUGUAUAUGUUGUAUGGUGUAUGCGUUUCGUCCAGACAGAUCCGGCAUUCGGGAAAGUGAAAACCCUACUUUUUUUAAAAAACCAGGUCCAAGAGUGGAUAAAUCUGAAAAUGACACCUUUGUGUUUUUUUGUACUGCCAAUCCAUAUGUUUUGUAAAACAAUUAUGUCAUCACCCCACGUCUUGACCAUUUUCAGACACCGCUAGGUCAUUUAACACCAACAACAAUGGAGGACAUAUUGAUGGGAUAGUUGAUGGAGAUUUGAGGGAUGCACAUCCAGGGCACGAAGCUCCCGUUCCACCACAUCUCAAAGAUGCUGUAUUGGGUUGAGAUCUGGUGACUGUGGGGGCCAUUUUAGUACAGUGAACUCAUUGUCAUGUUCAAGAAACCAAUUUGAAAUGAUUCGAGCUUUGUGACAUGGUGCAUUAUCCUGCUGGAAGUAGCCAUCAGAGGAUGGGUACAUGGUGGUCAUAAAGGGAUGGUCAGAAAAAUUGCUCAGGUAGGCCGUGGCAUUUAAACGAUGCCCAAUUGGCACUAAGGGGCCUAAAGUGUGCCAAGAAAAUAUCCCCCACACCAUUACACCACCACCAGCAGCCUGCACAGUGGAAACAAGGCAUGAUGGAUCCAUGUUCUCAUUCUGUUUACGCCAAAUUCUGACUCUACCAUCUGAAUGUCUCAACAGAAAUCGACACUUAUCAGACCAGGCAACAUUUUUCCAGGCUUCAACUGUCCAAUUUUGGUGAGCUUGUGCAAAUUGUAGCCUCUUUUUCCUAUUUGUAGUGGAGAUGAGUGGUACCCGGUGGGGUCUUCUGCUGUUGUAGCCCAUUCUUUGUAAACCCUAGAAAUGGUUGUGCGUGAAAAUUCCAUUAACUGAGCAGAUUGUGAAAUACUCAGACCGGCCCGUCUGGCACCAACAACCAUGCCACACUCAAAAUUGACAUUCAGUUUGGAGUUCAGGAGAUUCUCUUGACCAGGACCACACCCUUAAAUGCAUUGAAGCAACUGCCAUGUGAUUGUGGAUUACAGACUUGCUCCCGCGAGACCCGAUGCAACAGAGAGUGGCGCUGGACAAGACUUCUGUGUGUGUGUGUGUGUGUGUGUGUGUAGGAUACAGGAAAAUAAAAUGAUUCAUGGGACUCCGCAAAGAAGAAAUAUCUAAACAUAAAAUAUCUAAAACAAUUAAAUUAUUCAUUUGUUGCUCAAAAGCAAAAUGAACUAAUAUAAAAUAUACAUGAUAAACAGGUGUAAGCCUAUGCAGAGCUUCUAUUUAGGCUAUAACAGGGACUGAUGCGAGAUACUGAUCCAAAAGCACACCUUUUGUUAAAAAAAGUUACAUUUCUUCCUUUAAUAUUCCUUUAAUAAAGCGAGUUUGUCAUUA